UAAUAGAAGUGGUAAUAUUUCUAAGCAACAGCUGCUCAAAAAUUGUAAAUAAACUGCUGUGAUAAGACUUUAGGAAAUUAUUUUAAAUUAAACACGUAGCACCAAUUGGAUAUGGAUUUAAAAACAGCAGCUACACGUUACCUUGUUGAAUUGCAACAGAAAUGGUUAAUGCUACAAAACACCGACAAUGUAUUUGCAUACAACUUAAAUGUAACAAAAUCUAGAUAUCUGCCGGGGCAAAAAAUAAUCUACAUGGAAUAUAAUCCGCAGCGUACACGUCUACGUAGAUUACCACAAACUAUUAGCAGUUUAAAACCCGUAUUCAAUGAAGAGGCUUUCAAUUUCAAAAAGAUUAAACCUUUGGAGUUGUUAAUGAGCAUACCAUAUGAGGAUAUAGUUAUUUCAAUGAUAAUCAAUAAGAGUCCGCUAACACGUUAUCAUACAUUAGUAUGUCCAGAUGUAGCGGCAGGACAACCCCAACGCUUGACGCUGCCAGCUUUGAGUUUUUGCGUAAAAUUUUUACUAAACUUAGCAGAUGAGGAAAAAGCAUUUCGUAUUGGUUACAAUAGUCCUGGUGCCUUGGCAUCGGUUAAUCACCUACAUUUACAUAUACUCUAUGUUACAGCAGAUUUAUAUGUUGACAAAGCGGAAUUGGAAUUAUUGCAAAGCACAAAUAUUUACCGUUUAAGUGAUAAAAUGCCAACAGAGGCUAUAUGCUUUAUUUUCAACAAAACUACUGACGAAGCGGCUUUAAAUGCACAAAUACAAAAACUGUUUAAUUUCAUUAUAUGGCUGUGUGAACACGAUAUACCGCACAAUUUAUUUUUAACGCCUAAUCGAAGUGCAUGUUUUGGAAAUGUUUUGAAAGUUUUUGUAUCUUGCCGCAAAGCAUUUUGCUACGUAAAGGACUUGAAUACCUAUAAUAUUGGAUUUUGUGAGGUGUCCGGUUAUGUGACAGUGGGAGAUGAACAACUGUAUGAAAGUCUCACAGAACAAGAGGUGCUAGCUAAAAUACAAAGUGAAACUGGUGAAGUGUAUAAAGAAAUUUACGAAUAUUUUAAAGCGUAAAAACCAUAUCAAGCAAUUAUUUUUGCUACAGUAAAACUUUUACCCUGAUCGUUUUUACUAAUUGCUUUAGUAUUUAGUUUAAUACUAUAAUCAACAGCAGCCUCGUUUCCUUGAUAUUUCACUACUUUGAGCAAAUCAGGUAGCUUGUCCUCGGCGAUACAAUUACAAAUGGUAUUAAAGAACUUCAACAUAUGGUGCAAAUUGUGACUGAAAAUAAAUAAAAAUUGAUUUAUUACCACA